AUGGACACGGAAACCCGUGAUCAGGUUGUGGAGGUCAGUACGGAAGUGUUCAGACAUCAUUGUGCAAAGCAUUUGGAAAUUGUACCCAUGCAAUUAUUUGGUGAUCGUCUGCCACUCAAUAGGAAUAUGGUUAAACUUUUGACCCAUGGAGGUGACAUGAUUGAGCUUUGCCAUGAGCUUCGUUUGCCCUUUGUCAAAUGGGUUAUCACAAACCAGGUGAGAAAAAUCACCCAGCCAAGUGAACAAGGGCACUAG